UGUUCUCACUCUCUCUCUCUUUGUUCAAUAUUGUUCGCUGUCGUCGCAGUGCUUCUUCUUCGUCUUCUUCUUCUUCUUCUGUGCAAAUGUCCUCGGCGCUCGUGCUCGUCGCUCUCGUUGCAUGCGCUGCACUCGCAUCGGCACUCUCGUCCGCCCCUGAGCAGAUCCACUUGGCCAUCACGGGCAACCCGGGCGAGCGCAUCGUCUCGUGGGUCACCAUGGCGCAGACCAACGCCUCGUACGUGCAGUACGGGAACUCGCUCGCGGCGCUGACCCAGCAGGCCAACAGCGACGAGACCGCGUAUGUCACCGCCCUCAACGGCACACGCACCAUCUACCUCCACGACGCCCUCCUCGUUGGGCUGACCGUGAACACCCGCUACUACUACCGCGUUGGCAACGCUGUCUCGGGCUGGUCGGCCGUGUACGACUUUGACACCAAGAUCGACGUCCCCAACACGCCCGUCGACAUUAUCGUCUACGGCGAUAUGGGCAGCACCAACUCGGACCGCACCAUCUCCAAGCUCAAGUCGGAACUCGCAGGCGGCUUUUCGUCGCUCAUUCUGCACACUGGCGAUUUCGCCUACGACCUGCACGACCACGAUGGCAUUGUCGGCGACGAGUUCAUGAACAUGAUUCAGCCUGUUGCUGCCUACGUGCCGUACAUGGUCUGCGUCGGAAACCACGAGUACGACGGUCGAAACUUCUCCCAGUACCAAAACCGCUUUGCCGCCGUCGGCCGCUACUCCCAAUCUGGCACCAACAACAACCUGUACUACUCGUUCAACGUCAACUACGUCCAUUUCACCAUCUUCUCGUCAGAGCUCUACUACAGCGACGACACUGCUGUGAUUGCCGAGCAGUACGCAUGGCUGCAAAAGGAUCUUGCGCAGGCUGUGGCGAAUCGCGACAAACAGCCGUGGAUUAUCGCGGUUGCCCACCGCCCAAUCUAUUGCUCGAACGUGGACGACGUGCCGGACUGCACCAAGGAUGUCCUGGUGAUGCGCGACGGCCCGUACUCGCUUGACAACCUGUUUGCCCAGUACAAGGUCGACAUGUUCAUUGGCGCGCACGAGCACUCGUACGAGCUCACCUGGCCCGUCAGCCACAGCAUGUACCAGCUCUUCCCCAACCCCAACGUCUAUGUCAACCCGCUCUACACCGUCAACAUUGUUGCAGGCUCGGCCGGCUGCAAGGAAGACCUUGACUACUAUGACAAGAUUUACUACGGCCCCUGGUCCAACUUCCGCUCGGCGUCGUACGGCUAUGCGCACUUGAUUGCGUACAACCACACGCAUCUGUACUGGGCACAGAAGCUGAACGAGGGCGACCAAGGCGUGAACGAGCUCUGGAUGAUUAAGGGCAACGCCACCGAGGUUGCCGAUCACGCGCACAACUUUGGCUACGCGCCGUCUCCCAUGCGCUCGGACGCCUGCGAGGAGUACUGCUUUGUGGCAUGUGUCGGCAACGCUGUGCGCAACGGCCAGUCCACCCAGGAGGCCCAUGCCUCGUGCGGCGCCACCUGCAACUGCGUGGAUCGUGUUGCUGCCGGCCAAGCCGAGCUGAUUGGCACCGACGUCCGUGUCGAGCUGGGUCGCGUCACUCGCCACUAAGCCAUAAAAAAAAGUUGCACAGACUGCUUGUUUUUUUGUUUUAUUCUGUGUUGUUGUAUUUUGAUCGUCUGUGUUUGUUGUUGUUGUUGUUGAUGUUGUUGUUGGCUGUUUCUUGUGACUUUUCAAAUUCGAAAAAGCAGCCACACACACACACGCACACACACACACACACUUGGCUUUUUUUUUUUUUCUAUUCUUUAGUAGUAGUAGUAAACUUCACUCGUCUA